GACACCCGCGGCCAGGCCUGCGGCGCCCAUGGCGGUGGCCGAGCUGUACACGCAGUACAACAGGGUCUGGAUUCAUGAUGCUGAGGAGGUUUGGAAGUCUGCCGAGAUAGCAAAGGACUACAGGGCCGGGGACCGCGUGCUGAGACUCCGGCUGGAGGAUGGAACGGAGCUGGAUUACUCCGUUGUUCCAGGCGCUCUGCCUCCUCUCCGGAAUCCCGACAUCCUCGUGGGUGAGAACGACCUCACGGCCCUCAGCUACCUCCAUGAGCCUGCAGUGCUGCACAAUCUCAGAGUCCGCUUUGCAGAAUCCAAACUCAUCUAUACCUACAGCGGAAUCAUCUUGGUGGCUCUGAACCCAUACAAGCAGCUGCCGAUCUAUGGAGACGCCAUCAUCCAUGCUUACAGCGGGCAGAACAUGGGCGACAUGGACCCCCACAUAUUCGCCGUGGCCGAGGAGGCCUACAAGCAGAUGGCCAGGAAUAACAAGAACCAGUCAAUAAUUGUGAGCGGGGAGUCGGGUGCUGGAAAAACCGUGUCCGCACGCUACGCCAUGAGGUACUUUGCCACGGUCAGCAAGUCAAGCAUGAACACUCAUGUGGAGGAGAAGGUCCUGGCAUCCAACCCCAUCACUGAGGCGGUGGGCAAUGCCAAGACCACCCGCAAUGACAACAGCAGUCGGUUUGGAAAAUACACGGAGAUCAGUUUCGACGAGAGGAACCAGAUCAUCGGAGCCAACAUGAGAACCUACCUCCUGGAGAAGUCCAGAGUUGUCUUCCAAUCGGAGAAUGAGCGGAAUUACCACAUCUUCUAUCAGCUUUGCGCAUCUGCUCAGCAGCCAGAGUUCAGGCACCUUAAAUUAGGUGAAGCAGAAGAGUUUAAUUACACGAGCAUGGGGGGCAGCACUCGGAUCGAGGGCGUGGAUGACAGGGCUGACAUGAUCGAGACGCAGAAGACCUUCACGCUGUUGGGCUUCCAGAAGGAUUUCCAGAUGGAUGUGUUCCGGAUCCUGGCGGCCGUCCUCCACCUGGGGAACGUGCAGGUCACGGCGCUGAGCGGCGAGAGGUCGUCUGUUUGUGAGAACGAUGGCCACCUGCAGGUUUUCUGUGAGCUCCUCGGCCUGGAGAGAGGCAGUGUGGCUCGGUGGUUAUGCCACCGCAAAAUUGUUACGGCCUCUGAGACGGUGGUGAAGCCCAUGACCAGGCCCCAGGCCCUGAAUGCCAGGGACGCACUGGCCAAGAAGAUCUAUGCUCACCUCUUUGACUUCGUCGUGGACAGGAUUAACCAGGCCUUGCAGUUCUCAGGCAAGCAGCACACUUUUAUUGGUGUUUUGGACAUUUAUGGUUUUGAAACCUUUGAUGUGAAUAGCUUUGAGCAGUUUUGCAUCAAUUAUGCUAAUGAAAAACUGCAGCAGCAGUUCAACCUGCAUGUCUUUAAACUCGAGCAAGAGGAAUACAUGAAGGAAGACAUCCCUUGGACUCUGAUUGAUUUCUAUGACAACCAGUCUGUCAUUGACCUGAUUGAAGCGAAAAUGGGCAUUUUGGAGUUGCUGGAUGAAGAAUGUUUGCUGCCACACGGAACAGAUGAGAACUGGCUUCAAAAGCUGUAUAAUAAUUUUGUCAAGAAGAACCCUUUGUUUGAGAAGCCCAGAAUGUCAAACACAUCGUUCAUCAUCCAGCACUUCGCUGACAAGGUAGAAUACGUAUGUGAGGGCUUCCUUGAGAAGAACAGAGAUACUGUCUACGACACGCUGGUUGAGCUCCUGAGAGCAAGCAAGUUCCACCUCUGUGCCAGCUUCUUCCAGGAACAUCCAGCCUCUUCUUCCCCCUUCGGACCAGUGAUCACAGUCAAGGCUGCCAAGCAAAUCGUCAAGCCCAGUAAGCACUUCCGGAGCACCGUGGGGAGCAAGUUCCGCAGCUCCCUGUACUUACUCAUGGAGACCCUCAACGCCACCACCCCUCACUACGUCCGCUGCAUCAAGCCAAACGAUGAGAAAUUACCCUUUGAGUUCGACUCCCAGAGGAUUGUCCAGCAGCUGCGGGCGUGUGGUGUCUUGGAGACUAUCCGCAUCAGUGCUCAGAGUUACCCUUCCAGGUGGACCUACAUUGAGUUCUACAGUCGCUACAGCAUCCUCAUGACCAAGCAGGACCUCGCGCUCAGCGACAAGAAGGAGGUGUGCAAGGUGGUCUUACACAGGCUCAUCCAGGAUUCUAACCAGUACCAGUUUGGGAAGACCAAGAUCUUCUUCCGAGCGGGGCAGGUGGCUUACUUAGAGAAGCUCCGCUCGGAUAAGCUGAGGCAGGGCUGCGUCUUGAUCCAGAAGCACAUUCGGGGCUGGCUCCAGAGGAAGAAGUUCCUCCGGGAGCGGGAGGCUGCCUUGACCAUCCAGCGCUACUUCCGGGGCCAGCAGACUGUGAGGAAAGCAGUGACCGCAGAGGCCCUGAAGCAGGCGUGGGCGGCCAUCGUCAUCCAGAAGCACUGUCGCGGCUACCUGGUCCGCAGCCUGUACCAGCUGAUCCGGGUGUCCGUGAUCACCAUCCAGGCCCACACGCGUGGGCUCCUGGCCAGAAGGAGGUACCGGAAGCUGCUGGAGGAGCACAAGGCUGUGAUCCUGCAGAAGUACGCCAGGGCAUGGCUGGCACGCCGAAGGUUCCAGAGCAUCCGGCGGUUUGUGCUCAACAUUCAGCUCACCUACAGAGUCCAGUGUCUGCAGAAAAAGUUAGAAGAUCAGAACAGAGAGAACCACGGACUGGUGGAGAAGCUGACCAGCCUGGCCACGCUCCGGGCUGGGGACAUGGAGAAGAUCCAGAGGCUGGAAUCCGAACUUGACAGAGCCGCUGCCCAAAAGCACAAUUACGAGGAGAAGGGGAAGAAGUUCAGGGCCGCCCUGGAGGAGAAAUUGACCAAACUGCAGAGGCACAAUUCAGAACUGGAAAUUCAAAAGGAGCAGGCGCAGCAGCUGCUUCAGGAGAAAACGGAAGAGUUGAAAGAAAAGAUGGACAACCUCACCAAGCAGCUCUUUGAAGACGUGCGAAAGGAAGAACAGCAGCGCAUGCUGCUGGAAAAAAGUUUUGAGCUGAAAUCACAAGACUACGAGACCCAGCUGCAGUCGUUCAGAGAAGAAAUCAGCGCUCUAAAGGCUGAGAAAAUGCAUCUGCAGCAUCAGCUGGAGGAAGAGCACGUCACGGCAGCCAGCCUGAGGGGGGACGUGGCACGGCUGAGCAAGCAGGCGAAGACAGUCUCUGAGUUUGAAAAGGAGAUAGAGCUGCUUCAGGCACAGAAGAUAGAUGUGGAGAAACACGUGCAAAACCAAAAGCGAGAAAUGCGAGAAAAGAUGUCAGAAGUCACAAAGCAGCUUCUUGAGAGCUAUGAUAUUGAAGACGUCAGAAGCAGGCUCUCUGUGGAAGAUUUGGAACAUUUAAAUGAGGACGGAGAACUUUGGUUUGCUUAUGAAGGACUGAAGAAAGCAACGCGUGUCCUAGAGAGCCACUUCCAGUCCCAGAAGGACUGCUAUGAAAAGGAGAUUGAAGCGCUGAACUUUAAAGUGGUGCAUCUGAGUCAAGAAAUAAACCACCUCCAGAAAUUAUUCAGAGAAGAGAAUGACAUCAACGAAAGUAUCCGUCAUGAAGUGACCAGACUAACGUCAGAAAAUAUGAUGAUCCCGGACUUUAAGCAGCAAAUUUCAGAACUGGAGAAACAAAAGCAAGAUCUUGAGAUUCGCCUGAACAAACAAAAUGAAAAGGCAAAAGGUAAACUGGAAGAAUUACGCCAUCAGCUGAGUCACAGUAAAGAAGAGGAAGGAGCACUGAGAAAGACCACAGAAGCCCCGUGUGAAUCCCAGACAGGAGAGAAAGAAAAACUGGUGAGGAAGAGCCAAGAAGCGCAAGAGGCUAGCCAGCACUUAGACUGCGAGACAGAGAGAGAAGUGGAGAAGGGUUUCCGGCAGGAAGCCUCUCAUCUCACUGUGGAAAACAGGGAUCUUGAAGAAGAGUUAGAUAUGAAGGAUAGAGUGAUUAAAAAGCUACAAGAUCAAGUCAAGACUCUAACCAAGACAAUUGAAAAAGCCAAUAACGUGUAUUUGCCGUCAGAAUGCAAGGAGUACCUGGGAAUGCUGGAAUACAGGAGAGAAGAUGAGGCCAAACUCAUUCAGAAUCUCAUCCUCGACCUCAAGCCCCGCGGCGUGGUGGUGAACAUGAUCCCCGGGCUGCCGGCUCACAUCCUCUUCAUGUGUGUGCGCUACGUGGACUCCGUGAACGACGACAACAUGCUCAAGUCGCUGAUGAACAGCAUCAUUAAUGGCAUCAAGCAGGUGGUUAAGGACCAUUUGGAAGACUUCGAGAUGCUGUCCUUUUGGCUCUCCAAUUCUUGUCAUUUCCUCAACUGCCUGAAACAGUACAGUGGAGAGGAGGAAUUCAUGAAGUAUAAUACUCCCCAUCAGAAUAAGAAUUGCUUGAACAAUUUUGACCUUUCAGAAUACAGACAAGUUCUUAGUGACGUGUCUAUACGAAUAUAUCAUCAGUUCAUUAUGGUAAUGGAAAACAGUAUUCAACCAAUAAUAGUGCCUGGCAUGCUGGAGUAUGAAAGCCUGCAGGGGAUUUCUGGCCGGAAGCCCACGGGCUUCCGGAAACGGUCCUCCAGCAUCGACGACACGGAUGCCUACACCAUGACGUCCAUCCUGCAGCAGCUGAGCUACUUCUACAGCACCAUGUGCCAGAGCGGCCUGGACCCCGAGCUCGUGCGGCAGGCAGUGAAGCAGCUCCUGUACCUCAUCGGGGCAGUCACCCUCAACAGCCUCUUCCUGCGCAAAGACAUGUGCUCGUGCAGAAAGGGCAUGCAGAUACGGUGCAACAUCAGCUACUUAGAAGAAUGGCUCAAAGAAAAGAAUCUGCACAAUGGCUUGGCCAAAGAAACACUGGAACCGCUCUCCCAGGCCGCCUGGUUGCUGCAGGUCAAGAAGACCACGGACAGCGAUGCCGUGGAGAUCUCCGAGCGCUGCACUGCGCUGACGGCCGUGCAGAUCGUGAAGAUCCUUAAUCUCUACACGCCCAUCGAUGACUUUGAGAAGAGAGUGGCCCCAGCCUUCGUCCGUAAAGUCCAGGCUCUCCUUAACAGCCGGGAGGAUUCCUCACAGCUGAUGUUGGAUACCAAGUACCUUUUCCAAGUCACUUUUCCGUUCACCCCCUCUCCACACGCACUGGAAAUGAUCCAGAUUCCUAGCAGUUUUAAGCUGGGCUUCCUCAACAGAUUAUAACAAGGGGGA